CAGCAGGUCAGGCUUCAGGUUGUACUUCCCGAGGACUCUAAGGAAGUGUAGCCGCUGCUGAGCCUUCUUGAUGAUUGAUGUGGUGUUGACUGUCCAGGAGAAGUCAUUAGAGAUGUGGACUCCAAGGUACCUGAAGGUGUGGACCCUCUCUACACGCUCGCCGUUGAUGUAGAGGGGGGCAGGGUCGGUGCUGCUCCUCCUGAAGUCGAUGAUGAUCUCUCUGGUCUUGCUGGUGUUGAGAGCGAGGUUGUUCUCCGAAGACCAGGCCGUCAGCUUCAGGACCUCCUCUCUGUAGGCAGCCUCGUCACCCCUGGAGAUGAGCCCGACCACUGUGGUAUCGUCGGCGAACUUGACGCCAGGAAUGCCCCAGACUGUGUGCUCUGGCACCAUGUUCACCACUCCCAGUGGCUUCAGCCCCCAUCUGGCCUGCGCUGAGCCUGGGGACGAGGAGGAAGAGGAGAACACACAGGAGGGCCAGGGACCCGCCACUUGCCUGGCGGAUGGGCCUCCCAUCACCUCCGCCUCACUGGAAACCCUCAUCCAGAAUCUGGUGCCUACCGCUGACUACUAUCCCGAGAAAGCCUAUGUGUUUACGUUCUUGCUGAGCGCCCGUCUGUUCAUCCCUCCUCCGGAGCUGCUGGCCCGCGUCUGUGAGCAGUGCAUCAAGCAGCAGCAGCUGGACCAGAGCCCGCUCGAUACGGCAAAAGUGCGCAAGUUUGGUCCCAAGAUCUUACAGCUGCUCACGGAGUGGACAGAGACCUUCCCCUCUGAUUUUAAGGACGAGAAGAUGGUUGGACUACUUAAAGACAUCAUCCACAGGAUAGCACCCUGCGAUGAGGCCUACUGGAAGACCCUAAACCAGGUGUUGCAGAAAUUGAGCCAGAGGCUGGCCUUGAUGACUCAGGGGGAGGAAAGCAUCGUCAAGGUCUCCCUCAAUGCCUCCUCCAUCUCCGACAAGCUCGUGGCCUUCAAGACCAAGUCUCCGCCCAUCCAGAAGGACAUGCUCUCCAUCUGCAACGACCCUUACACACUGGCACAGCAGCUCACCCACGUCGAACUGGAACAUUUGAGUUACAUCGGGCCAGAGGAGUUUGUCCAAGCUUUUGUCCAGAAAGACCCCCUGGAUGGAACCCAGCCGCCGUGCUUCAGCGAGCAGAAGAAGAAAACCUCCAACCUGGAGGCAUAUGUCAGGUGGUUCAACAGAUUGUGUUACCUGGUGGCCACUGAGAUCUGCAUGCCUGCCAAAAAGAAGCAGAGAGCCUUGGUGAUCGAGUUCUUCAUCGACGUGGCCAGAGAGUGUUUCAACAUCGGAAACUUCAACUCCCUCAUGGCCAUCAUCUCGGGGAUGAACAUGAGUCCAGUGUCCAGGCUGAAGAAGACUUGGGGCAAGGCCAAGACGGCCAAGUUCUUCAUUUUGGAGCAUCAGAUGGAUCCGACAGGAAACUUUUACAACUACAGAACCGCCCUGAGGGGGGCCGCUCAUCGCUCUCAGACGGCCAACAGCAACAGAGAAAAGAUUGUCAUUCCCUUCUUCAGCCUUCUAAUCAAAGACAUUUACUUCCUGAACGAAGGAUGCGCCAAUCGGCUGCCCAACGGCCACGUCAACUUUGAGAAAUUUGUGGAACUGGGCAGACAGGUCGGGGAGUUCAUGACCUGGAAGCAGAUGGAGUGUCCUUUCGAAGAGGACCGGGCCAUCCUACACUACCUCCACACUGCCCCCAUCUUCAGUGAGGAUGGACUUUACCUCGCUUCCUACGAGAGCGAGAGUCCGGAGAACCAGGUCGAGAAGGACAGGUGGAAAGCACUCAGGUCAAACGUCCUGGGGAAGACAUGAGGCGCUGACGCCAGCGAAGGGAGCACAUGUUCUCAUUGCACUACCAUGAACUGUGAAGGAACCAAGCUGGUACUUAGGUGUUUUUUCUAUGAAGACAAAAUGAUGAACCGGUUUCAUCGAGAAGG